UGUCCCCCUACGUGAAUGAACACAGCGCAUUGAGCACUCGUACGGAAAUAAUUUUAAUAAAAAGCAGGAUUCCAGUAAAACCAAGCUUAACGGUGACGAUUCUUGUAUUCUCUACGGUUGUAGGUGGUUUCAUAUGUAUGUUUCUAGAUGACAAAUUGGGUAGAAAAUAGCUUGACGUGCUUACCGAUAGUCGCGCUAUUAACUUUUAAACUCCGUGUUUUAUGGGUUACAAUGACACUCCAAUCAUCCUUUUCUCUUCAUUCUAAUCACAUUUUUGGGUGAAAUGUUUACUGCAAAUAUGAAAAAUAUGACUUCAUUAUUUGUAAGUUCGCGUAACGCUUUGCUUCCUUUCGCGAUUGCAAAAUCUUAUCAUUCUCUCUUAGAUUUUCUUAAAUAUAAUCGGUAAAAAAUUUGUGUAUCUAUCGAAUUCAUACUAUUUGCAUGUUAUUUCCGGCAAAGAGAAAUUCAACGAUCGAUAAAAAUGCGAUAGUGCAUUGAGUUUCUUUUUUCAAUUUUACAAGAGCUUUACUUUGCCUAGGAAGAAAAGAUUGUUGUAAGGUGAAUAAACCUCAUAAAACUAUAAUAUAUAUUAUGUAUAAAACGUAAAUUAGUUAUAAGCUAUUGUAUAGUUACUUUAAGAUUCAUUCAUUCUUUGUAAUUAUUCAUUCUAUUAUUUCAUUAUAUAUUUUCAUCGUGUUUAAAAAAACUAGUAUUCAUAAAUGAACUAAGUUUAUUCAAAUAUGUUAUUUUUAUGUAUUAACUAUUUUAUCUUUCGUACGUCGAUAAAAUAAAGUCUCAUUUUUUGGACGAUAUCAGAGAGACGUGCAAAUACAGACUACCUUUUUCAUACUAACUCUCCUAAACAAUCUAUUACCAUUCAACGUAUGCUACCUAUGAUUAAAGUUUCAACGUCGGAAGAAAAUUGUAUCAACUUACAUGUCGUUCCUACUACUUACUACAUCAAUUAUUAAUCAGAUCAUAAAUCGAAAAUAGACGAAAUGAAAAGGAAUAUAUAUGAAAUGACAUCAAUAGAAGGAAUGCUUUAUUUUCUCUUCGGAAUUACAAAGCUCUGUUUCUGAUAUAACAGUUCUUAUCCUGAUAACAUUAAUGUUGAAAACUUCGGCUGAAGAGGGAAAGCGAAUAAAACCUUAUGUUUUAGUAUUUAACCUAUAAUAUUGGCAUAAAGAAUUCCCUAUUGGGGAACUUUAUUAAGACAUAUACGAGAAAGGGUUUUAGUCGUAGACAUAUCCAAUUUCAUAUGUGCAGAGAAGAUGAAAGAGCUAUCAAAUACAUUCGAUUAUUACAUACAACCGAACAAAAUCCUUUGUAGUAUAAUUGGAAUGUGGCCCAUCGAACAGAAAAGUUCGACGUGUAGCAAAAUAUUUUCAUAUGUCCGUUUAACAUUCACACUAAUAUCACUCAUUAGUGUUUUUGUGCCCGAAAUUAUGUUGAUAGUAGUGAAAUGGGGGGACAUAGAGAUUCUAGCAGGGGCAGGAAGCAUUGUAAUCACGCUCGGACAAACGUUGUUCAAAAUGUUUUAUCUAAUAGCAAGAAGAGAAAGAUCAUAUAUGCUUUACCACGAAAUGAAAAGUUUGUGGGAUACUGCCAACGAUUCGAAAGAAAUACAAUCUUACAUACAGUUCGCUUAUUGGGCACGUAUUUGUACGAUAGUUUUUUAUUCAUCCUGCGUGUGCAAUGUGAUCACUUUUUCCAGCGCUGCAGCUGUUGAUUAUUUUAGAUUUGACUACAAAGCCAGUAAUACAAGUAACAAUCGACAUUUACCUUUUAUCGUCUGGUACGGCACAGACAUUUCAGCAUCUCCCAAGUUCGAAAUCGCUUUUAUUUGUCAAUUUUUAUCAGCCGUGUUAUCUAUCACUUCAAUCGCUGGUUUGGAUUGCUCAUUUAUGACCACGAUGUUACAUGUGUCUGCUCAAUUUAAAUUAAUCAAUAUCUGGAUCAGUAAUAUAGGAACUGAAAUAAGUUGCAAUCCAAAUUACACGCAAAAGAUAAAGUUAGAUCUAACGAGAUGCAUUCGCCAUCAUCAGCGAAUAAUACAUGUGGUGAACGAGGUGAAUAAUUUAUUAACACCCAUCGUUUUCCUGCAAAUCCUUACUAGCGGAAUAGAAGUUUGUUUAAGUGGGUAUGCAAUUCUCGAUACCGGGAAAGCAGAAGCCGAUCUAGUGAAAUUUAUAUCCUAUUUCAUUUCCAUGGCGGUACACCUCUUAUUAUGGUGUUGGCCUGGUGAAAUCCUCGUUCAAGAAAGCCAAGAAAUAGGUCAUGCAGUCUAUUUCAAUGUACCGUGGUACGAUUUACCGCCAAUUUAUCAGCGAUACCUUUGCCUUAUGAUUGUUAGGGCGCAACAAUAUUCCAGUAUUUCAGCAUUAACUUUCCAAACGUUGUCUAUCCAUACAUUAACAGCCGUGAGUAAUUUGAACGAAGUAUUAAACCGUGUUGAAUUUAAAAAUCUAAUAUCUUUACGUCGAAAAAAAUCAAUUCUUACGAGAUUAGGAAGUAAAGCAAUGAAGAUUUAAAAAGUUUUAUUUCAGGUAUUCAACACAGCUGCAUCGUAUUUUACCUUAUUACAACAGAUACAACAAACGUAAACUUCAAAGAGAUGAGGAAGGCUAUCUAUAAUUUCGCUCAUAUUAAAAACAAUUCCUAUCGAAAAUAGUCGGAUGUAUAUCCGUAAACGUAUAGCAUCUUCAUGCAAUUAUCCUGUAGUUAAUUAAAAGAGUAAAUGUUCACUCCUAUCUAACAUUAUUCUUCGAUUGAAUGUAGAUUUUUUUUUAUUUAACCAAUGUAAUCUCCAUCGUUAUUUACAUUACAUAAAGUUUACACACAUAGACUUGGCCAUAAUAUUCAUAUCUUGUUAUGGAUCUAGAUCAAUAGGUUGAAGCUUUCCAGGAACAAGUGUGUGACUAUGCAAAUUGCUAUUGUGGGAUUAUGUCGCAUUACAUUACAUGAUAAUGGCAGAUAGUAAUUCAAUUUCUGGAGUUUUAUAAUCAAGCUUUGUUCCAGUUUGUGGAAUACUGGUAUUGCAACAAUAGAUGAUUUAUGUCCUGCCUCUCAUAACCACAUUGACACAGGGUCGCUUAUUUUACCUGCUCGGUCUAAUUAGAAGGCCAGGUUGUAAUGGCUUGACCAGUAUUGUUGAUUGUCUUUGUAAUUUCUUAUUUUAGAUUUUUCCCCAAUAUACCAUCGUUUGGACUUUUAGUUCUGAAAAUAUGAAGGUAAUUGAGAUUCCUUUGGUUAUACCUUGC